GGCGGGCGAGCGCUCAGAGCGCCGGGAGCCCGCGGCGGACGCAUCGCGCACCGGCUCGGCGGCCGCAGAGGCGCCGCGGCCCGCGCACCGAGGCCCCGCGCAGAGGCGGAGAGGCCCGCGCCCGCCCCCGCCCGCGGCGCCCGCCGCCCUUGCAUGGAAACAUGGCGGUGCCGGCUCGGACCUGCGGCGCCCGCCGGCCCGGCCCCGGCGCCCCGCGCCCCGCCGGCCGGCCCCCGCGCCUGCUGCUGCUGCUGCUGCUGCUGCCGCCGCUGCUGCUGCCGCCCGCCGCCCCCGGCGCCGCCGCCUACAGCUUCCCGCAGCUGCACACGAUGCAGCACUGGGCGAGGCGCCUGGAGCAGGAGAUCGACGGCGUGAUGCGCAUCUUCGGGGGCGCCCAGCAGCUCCGGGAGAUCUACAGGGACAACCGGAACCUGUUCGCCGUGCAGGAGAACGAGCCGCGGGCGCUGGUGGAGAAGGUGGCCGGCGACAUCGAGGGGCUGCUGGCCCGGAAGGUGCAGGCCCUGAAGAGACUGGCCGACGCCGCAGAGACCUUCCAGAAAGCCCACCGCUGGCAGGACAACAUCAAGGAGGAAGAUAUCGUGUACUACGACGCCAAGGCGGACGCGGAGCUGGACGACCCUGAGGUGGAGGACCUGGAGAGGGGGUCCAAGGUCAGCACCCUGAAGCUGGACUUCGUGGAGGAUGCCAACUUCAAGAACAAGGUCAACUACUCGUACACGGCGGUGCAGAUCCCCACGGACAUCUACAAAGGCUCCACCGUCAUCCUCAACGAGCUCAACUGGACGGAGGCCCUGGAGAGCGUGUUCGCCGAGAACCGCCGGCGCGACCCCACGCUGCUGUGGCAGGUCUUCGGCAGCGCCACCGGGGUCACCCGCUACUACCCCGCCACCCCAUGGCGGGCCCCCAAGAAGAUCGACCUGUACGACGUCCGAAGGAGACCCUGGUACAUCCAGGGGGCCUCGUCCCCCAAGGACAUGGUCAUCAUCGUGGACGUGAGCGGCAGCGUCAGCGGCCUGACCCUGAAGCUCAUGAAGACGUCCGUGUGCGAGAUGCUGGACACGCUGUCGGACGAUGACUACGUGAACGUGGCCUCGUUCAACGAGAAGGCGCAGCCGGUGUCCUGCUUCACGCACCUGGUGCAGGCCAACGUGCGCAACAAGAAGGUGUUCAAGGAGGCGGUGCAGGGCAUGGUGGCCAAGGGCACGACCGGCUACAAGGCCGGCUUCGAGUACGCCUUCGACCAGCUGCAGAACUCCAACAUCAGCCGCGCCAACUGCAACAAGAUGAUCAUGAUGUUCACGGACGGCGGCGAGGACCGCGUGCAGGACGUCUUCGAGAAGUACAACUGGCCCAACCGCACGGUGCGCGUGUUCACCUUCUCCGUGGGGCAGCACAACUACGACGUCACGCCGCUGCAGUGGAUGGCCUGCGCCAACAAAGGUUACUAUUUUGAGAUCCCGUCCAUCGGUGCCAUCCGCAUCAACACCCAGGAGUACCUGGACGUGCUGGGCAGGCCCAUGGUGCUGGCCGGCAAGGAGGCCAAGCAGGUGCAGUGGACCAACGUGUACGAGGACGCACUGGGGCUGGGGCUGGUGGUGACCGGGACCCUCCCCGUGUUCAACCUGACGCAGGACGGCCCCGGGGAGAAGAAGAACCAGCUGAUCCUGGGCGUGAUGGGCAUCGACGUGGCGCUGAAUGACAUCAAGAGGCUGACCCCCAACUAUACGCUCGGAGCCAACGGCUAUGUGUUCGCCAUCGACCUGAACGGCUAUGUGUUGCUGCACCCCAACCUCAGGCCCCAGACCACCAACUUCCGGGAGCCUGUGACUCUGGACUUCCUGGACGCGGAGCUGGAGGACGAGAACAAGGAGGAGAUCCGCCGUAGCAUGAUCGACGGCAGCCGGGGCCACAGGCAGAUCCGGACGCUGGUCAAGUCCCUGGACGAGCGCUACAUCGACGAGGUGAUGCGCAACUACACCUGGGUGCCCAUUCGGAGCACCAACUACAGCCUGGGGCUUGUGCUCCCUCCCUACAGCACCUUCUACCUCCAGGCCAACCUCAGCGACCAGAUCCUGCAGGUCAAGUUGCCAAUCAGCAAACUGAAGGAUUUUGAGUUCCUGCUCCCCAGCAGCUUUGAGUCUGAAGGACAUGUUUUCAUUGCUCCCAGAGAGUAUUGCAAGGACCUGAACGCCUCGGACAACAACACGGAGUUCCUGAAAAACUUCAUCGAGCUCAUGGAGAAGGUGACUCCGGACUCCAAGCAGUGCAACAACUUCCUCCUGCACAACCUGAUCCUGGACACGGGCAUCACCCAGCAGCUGGUGGAGCGCGUGUGGCGGGACCAGGACCUCAACACGUACAGCCUCCUGGCCGUGUUCGCCGCCACGGACGGCGGCAUCACCCGCGUGUUCCCCAACAAGGCGGCUGAAGACUGGACCGAGAACCCGGAGCCCUUCAACGCCAGCUUCUACCGCCGCAGCCUGGACAACCGCGGCUACGUCUUCAGGCCCCCACACCAGGAGGCCCUGCUAAGGCCCCUGGAGCUGGAGAACGACACGGUGGGCAUCCUGGUCAGCACCGCGGUGGAGUUCAGUCUGGGCGGACGCACCCUGAGGCCAGCAGUUGUGGGUGUUAAGCUGGAUCUAGAGGCCUGGGCUGAGAAGUUCAAGGUGCUGGCCAGCAACCGGACCCACCAGGACCAGCCGCAGAAGCAGUGUGGCCCCAGCACCCACUGUGAGAUGGACUGCGAGGUUAACAACGAGGACCUGCUCUGUGUCCUCAUUGAUGACGGGGGCUUCCUGGUGCUGUCAAACCAGAACCACCAGUGGGACCAGGUGGGCAGGUUCUUCAGCGAGGUGGAUGCCAACCUGAUGCUGGCGCUCUACAACAACUCCUUCUACGCCCGCAAGGAGUCCUUCGACUACCAGGCUGCCUGUGCCCCGCAGCCGCCGGGCAACCUGGGCGCGGCUCCCCGGGGCGUCUUCGUGCCCACCGUCGCCGACCUCCUGAACCUGGCCUGGUGGAGCUCGGCGGCGGCCUGGUCCUUGUUCCAGCAGCUUCUCUACGGCCUCGUCUACCACAGCUGGUUCCAAGCAGACCCCGCCGAGGCCGAGGGCAGCCCCGAGGCGCGCGAGAGCAGCUGCGUGGUGAAGCAGACGCAGUACUACUUCGGGCCGGUCAACGCCUCCUACAACGCCAUCAUCGACUGCGGCAACUGCUCCAGGCUGUUCCACGCGCAGAGGCUGAGCAACACCAACCUGCUGUUCGUGGUGGCGGAGAAGCCGCUGUGCAGCCAGUGCGAGGCCGGCCGGCUGCUGCAGAAGGAGACGCACUGCCCAGCGGACGGCCCGGAGCAGUGCGAGCUGGUGCAGAGGCCGCGGUACCGGAGGGGCCCGCACAUCUGCUUCGACUACAACGCGACCGAAGAUACCUCAGACUGCGGCCGCGGAGCCUCCUUCCCGCCGUCGCUGGGCGUCCUGGUGUCCCUGCAGCUGCUGCUCCUCCUGGGCCUGCCCCCCGGGCCGCAGGCGCUCCACGUCCCCGCCCGCCGCCUCUGAGCAGCCCGGCUCCCCAGGCCUCCCGCAUCCCCUCCCCCCUUAGAUCCUCACCCCAUCUCACCGAGGACUGAGCACCGGGCCCAGAGGCUCAGCCUGGGCGGGCAGGUGCCCACAGGAGGGCGCUGCAGGUCUUUGCCUCCAUCCCGGGCUCAGCCCAGGCACAUCUGCUGUGAACUGUCUGUGUCUCCGGACCCCAUUCCCGCUGGACUCACCCCCCCGCCACCCCCCGGGGUUGGACAGGGAAGCCACAGCACUGGUGCCAAACCAGGCCCCACUGCCCGCCCUGCCCCACGGCACUGCCCCAGCCCGGCCCUGCUGCCCCACCUGGGACCACAUCUGGUUCCCUGUGCACCCCAGCUUAAGGCCCGGCAGAGAGGUCCUGGGCCAGCCCCCUUUCCCCACCCCUCCUGCUCCUCUCAGGCCUACAUCCCUUCCCCCUCCACCCAACCUGGCAGGUGUCAGGCAGUGAGUAAGACUGGCUCAGACACACCCACACACCCUGGAGCCUGAGGGCAGGACUGGCCUCCCAGUAGCCACAUCCGGAGGACACGC